CCCGCUGUCAGACUCCUUUCUUUUCCCUGCAUAGCUAUCGGUUUGCCGCCACUUUUAGACAUCGCAGCUGGGGUUUACCGUAGGAAUGGACGCUUCAACGGCGGCAAUUGCCGGCUCUUCCGACACGUCUGCGCCUGCACCACCCGAGCCAACAGCCGCUAGCCCUUCCGUUGCACUUCCUACUCCUCCUGUGACUGUUCCGCCUAGCGCACCUACGGCGGUGGCGCCUGAAACUGUCGCGGCACCUGCCCUGCGCGAAGACCAGGUUCAAAAUGCUGUUGGCUUCUUAUCUCAUCCACAGGUGCGCGGCUCCACCAACACCGCCAGCAAGCGCUCCUUCCUAGAGCGCAAAGGCCUGACCGCAGCCGAGAUCGAUGAGGCCUUCCGACGCGUCCCAGAAGCACCUGCUGCACCUCCCGCACCCGCACCCGCUACUGCGCCCGCAGCAGCACCCGCAGCUCAGCAACCAACAUCAUAUGCCCCACAACCAGGCGCCCCGCCGGGGCAGCAGCUGGCAGUAGCAGCACAGCAGCCGUACGGCACUGCUGCUCCAACAGCGCCAUCUGGGUCACAGCUGGUUGCCGUACAACCUGCCGUACCACCCCAGCCCCCCACCAUGAUGCAAGCCGCACAGAGCUACCGCUGGAGCCAGGUGGUGUUGGGUGUGGGUGUGGUUGCUGCUGCGGGCUGGGCGGUGCAGCAGCUGGUGCUGCCGCGGCUGCGCUCGCUGGUCGACUCCUGGCAGGCGGGCAGGCGGGAGGCGGAGGAGAAGCGAAACAAGGAGCUGGCAGCGGGUGUGGAGGUGCUCAAGGGCUGCCAGCAGGAGCUCAAGGCGUCAACACAGGCGCUGCUGGACGCGGUUACGCUGAUGCGGGAGCAGCAGCGGCUGGCGGCGGCGACUGCGGCCAUUCCGGGGGGCUCCUAUGCUCGCGGCGGCGUCGAGCCCGGCAGGAGGCCCGUCGACGGCCCCGACAGCAGCUACUACCGUAGCAGUGGCAGAUACGGCGGCCGAGAUGGCGGCAGUUACGGAGCCAACGAACUCUCGUAUGGAGCCGAAAACUACGCCGCCAUUCGCGCCGCCGCCGGUUACGUCAACGGCUACCCACCUGACUCAUCAGCGGCGCCGCCACUGCCGUACGGCUACAGCCGUGACGGCGCCGGCAGCGGCCCCGUCUCCGCGGGCCCUACCGGUGGCGACGGACGUGGCGGCGGCCCGUCGUACAACAGCCCCGGGACGCCGUACGGCGCCGUCCGUACGGCUGCUACAGGGCCGUACGGCGGUGGCGCCGUACAGCCGCCUGAGAGUCUGCCGUACAGGGUGACGGCGCCGCCAUCGCCGACUCAGUCGGUGCAUAGCCUAUCGUCGAGCCGUCCGUCACAGCCCUUCGCGUCGUCAUCUCAGCAGCAACAGCAGCAACAGCAGUUGGGAGGGAUGGGCGGCAUGGGCGGGCCGUACGGCAGCAGCGACCGUUUGUACGAGCAGACCCUGCCUGGUGGCGGUGCUGCUGGUGUGGUGGAGUCCGAUCAGAGCCCCGCAGGUGGUGCCCGCACGCUGCCUCGCGCGCCCCCCGAGCAGCCCGCCUACCCGCAGUCCUUCCACGAGGUGAUGGAGAUGGUGCAGAAGGGCAUCACGCCGCCCAAUGUGCGGACUGACAUCAACGACGCGCCGCCGGACCCCACCCGCCCCCUCUCCGAGCCCCGCUUGCCACCACCCUCCAAGCCCUGGGAACGCAACACCACCGCCGCCACCACCACCAACAACCCUGCAAGCGCCUCUGCAACAGCCCCGAUCAGCAGUUCCCUGUACGGCAGUGCUACCGUCGCCGCAGCCACCGCACCUCGUUCGUACGGCAGCUACACCCCAUGGAGCGCACCGCAACCCGAGGGUGCCGUACCGUCGGCUUUGUACGGCGCUGUUGCAGCCGCUGGCGGCGCUAGCAGCGGCGCUAGCAGUCUGAGUGUGCUGCCGCCGGCCAACCCUGGCUGGCGUCCGCCGCCACCGCCCUCUCGCACCGUCCUUUCCUCCAGCCCCUCCUCGCCGCCAGCGGCUGCAGCGACGCCGGCGGCGCCGGUGGCGGAGGCGGCGGGUGCUGGUGAGGGGUCCGGGUCCGGUGGCAGGACCGCCUCCGCACCUGCGGCGGUGGUGGCGGCUAUCUCGGAUGGACCUGUGGCUGGUCUGACGCAGGAGGCGGUGGCGGUGGAGGCUGCGGUGGCUGGCGGUUCGCAGAGCGGCCCUUCGGGCGGUGUGGCGGAAGAGGUUGUGGUGGCAGCUACGGCGGUUUCGGAGCAGUAGUUGUAGUGGUUGGUAGUGGGUGAGGGGGGGCUGUGCUUGGCGAUUGGCGAUUGGGGGUUUUGUUCUCUUGCGUGUACAUCUGUACGGCGUACACGGGAAUGUCGCAAGGCAGUGGGACCUAUGGAAGGAUGGGGAGCAGUGUCCUGGUCAUGUUGGUAGCGGUGGUAGGGCGGGAUGCCCUUGGGAGUUUUGCUUGGAAUGCUAGGCGUUCAGGCGUGGUCAAAGCAUAUAAGCACCUGGCAGUUGUUACCCAGGCAACAGGUUUGGCGCCCACGACGGCCCUCAAGCCUGGACAAGGGGCUCCUUCCUGUCGGGUUGGGCUGUCAAGAUGGGAAUCGGACGGUGGGGCAGAUGUAUGUUGCCCUCCUGCUGCAGCUUGUGGUGGCUAACGUCAGGUUGGCCGUCCUUGCGUGACACGUGGCUGCUAGCCGGUUUGUAAGGGUGGCCUGAGCUCAGCCCAAGCACAAAGCAUGAUAUCAGAAUCUCUUACCGGUACAAGAAACACC